UUUGCUGCUAGGAGGAAUUUACCGUGUUUGUUAAAAGUGCGCUGGUAAUUAAUUAAAUUAAACGCCAAACAUGGCAAAUACAACACAGCCCAUUAAAAUUGAGGAUAACGACGCUGAUGACGCAUCGGGAGAAGUCUUUGAAAUAAAGGAUGACGAUGAUAUCUGUGAACUGGAGCAUUUGCGUAAGCUUUUUAUUGGCGGCCUAGCACCCUACACUAGUGAGGAUGUUCUCAAGGUAUUCUAUACGCAAUGGGGCAAGGUAGUUGACGUUGUGGUAAUGCGAGAUGCAGCCACAAAACGCUCGCGUGGUUUUGGUUUCAUUACCUAUACAAAGUCGGCAAUGGUUGACACAGCACAAGAGAAUCGCCCACAUAUCAUAGAUGGAAAAACCGUCGAAGCAAAACGCGCAUUGCCGCGUCCGGAGCGCGAGACACGCGAAAGUAACAUAUCUGUGAAAAAGCUGUUUGUGGGUGGCUUAAAGGAUAACCACGACGAGGAAUGCCUGCGCGAGUAUUUCAUGCAAUUCGGAAAUGUUGUAUCUGUCAAACUGCUGACAGACAAAACGACAGGCAAACGCAGAGGAUUUGCCUUCAUUGAGUUUGAUGACUACGAUGCCGUUGACAAAGCCAUUCUGCAGCGACAGCAUUCUAUUAAGUAUGUCCUUGUCGAUGUCAAAAAGUCCAUCUACAAUUUGGAAAAGAAGGAACGCUCGCAGCAGCCGCCACUUGCGAACGGCAACAAAAUGCAAAUGCAACAGCAACCGCCGCCUAAAGCAAAUAUGCCUCCAGCCGGUUACCGUCCCCCAGUGCCUCCGCCACAGCAAAUGCCGCCGUAUCAGCAUCAGCCUCCUCCGCCCAUGUCAGCGCCGCCACCUAAUUACAAUUACUGGGGACCACCACCGCCUAUGCAAUCGUAUUAUCAGCAUCCGCCUCCACCUCAUAUGAAUGGUUGGAAUGGCUAUCCACCGGCGCAGAAUGGCUGGAAUGGACCUCCACCGCCACCAGGAGCGCAACAGUGGCAUCCACACAAUCAAUGGGGUGGCGGACCACCACCAGGCGGCGUGCAGCCUCCUGCUCCAGGUGUACCUCCGCCAAAUCAUCAUCGUAAUGGUCCUCCACCGCCCGUUGUGGGAAAUUGGAAUAUGCCACCAACGGCAGUGCCACCCGUACCUGGCUCAAUGCCAUUAGCCCAAGGUCCGCCACCGCAUCAGCCACCAGCCCCACAACAAGUGCCACCGCCCAACUUUGGUACCGGCUAUCAACAGAACUAUGGCGGCGGUCCAACCAAACAUAACAUGAAUGGCAAUCGCAUGAAUCCUUAUACAUCUGCACCGCCCACCACUUAUCAUAAUGCGCAGCCUCCGGCGCCAGGCUAUGCACCCUAUAAUAAAUCGGCGCCUCCACCCACAGGUCCACCAUCAGGUCCGGUACCGAAAGGUGUAUCCAAUGGCUCCGUGGCCACUGGGGCAAGUGCAAACAGCAAAUAUCGUCGUUAACUCAGGUAAGUUGAAGGCCAAUACUCUUUUGUCUUUACUGUGGUACAUUUAAGCAUUAGUACAAUUAAAAGUCAAGAAUAAGGUACCAAAUACCAAUUGUCCUAGAAGUCUAUAUAUUCCCACGAAUAUAUAUACUCAUAUAAGUAUUAUCAAAAUACUAAUCUUUAAAAUUCUCUUUAAUUUAGAUGUUCAGAAUACAAGUUACAAAUACAAAAAUAGGCGUACUGUAAGCUAUUGACACACAAACAAACACUCGCUUAGUAACUUAAAACAGGAUUCGUAUUAUAGCUGCGUUGUCUCCCUAUCUAUUUACCUAACUGAGCAUAAGGCAACUAACUAAUGUUUUAAACUAAACAACUUAAGUACUAAUGUUAUUUAUUGAACAAUUGAUACACCCAUCUAACUAUAUUUAAGCCACACUGAGUCAAACACAAAUGAAGAAAUUAUUUUAAGAUAUUUGUUGAGCAUACAACUUAAAGUUGUAAACUAAAUACGUUUCAUUUCAUUGAAGAAAUCAGAACUUGCCAUGGUUUAAUUUUGAAGCAUUGAUAUAAAUAUAUAUUGUACAAGUAAAUACUAGUGCUCUCUAUUUCUCCAUAAAUAUGAAUUAUAUAUGCAUAUAUUUAUGUAAAAUGCAACUAGGACUUUGAAAACAGACACACACACACACACAUCAAACGACCAAGUGUAAGCUCACCAGCUGUUAAUCGACUUGAUUAUAUUUUUGUAUUUAAAUAAAAGCAAUAAAUUGAUAAACAAAAUAGCAGUUUGAAGCUUUAGCCUGAGCUUAUUGAGCUAUACUAGUAUAUAGCUCGCCUAUUAUCAUAGUUAUUAGACAACUUUAAAAUACGCGCAUUAUAUAAUUACAACAUUGUUGGCUGUCUAGCAUAAUACAAAUAUCAAAAUUCGUCCAGUCAAGUAAUUUAAAACCAAAUAAUAAUAAGAAGCUGGUGAGUUACGCAAGGUAGUUUAAGAUCUAAUAACCAAUUGAUAUGCUUAUAUGUAUACCUAAUGAGAGUCGAGAUUAUAUCAAAAUUAUUGUCAAUUUUUAUAAAGAUUAUUGUACAUAAAUACACACCUCUGACUAACCGUUCAAAAAUUUAUAAUUUUUAGUCGAGUUAACAAACGGUUUCCAAACUUUUAAAAUUAUUUUGAGUUGCGAACGUUGCACUAUAUACUAUUCAUACAUAUGUGAAGCUUGAAAUUAAAUCUUAUUUUGUGACUUUCAAAAUUUAUUAUAUUUUUGUGUGUGUAAUCCAAUUCAUGACAAGAAAACCCAAUAUAAGUUCAACUUUUCUAUGACUGUAACUAAGUUCUUGUAUUUGCACGCUGAAGGCUUUAGAGGAUUUGCAAUUUACACGAGUUUAUAAUUAUGUAUUUGCGUUAGCAUAAAUAAGAGAGUUUAGUCCCUAAUUUGAGAGCUUCAUUUAGCUAUUCGUCUAUA